CAGUUGCGUGACAUAGCAAAAUGGCUUCCAACAGUACGCGGUGGGGCAUAAUGGGCGCUAGUCGAAUUGCUCACGAUUUCAUGGUGGCAUUGAAAACAUUACCAGAAAUCGAACACACAGUAGUUGCAGUAUCCUCUCGUUCCCUAGAGAGAGCAACUGAAUUUGCAGUGAGACAUAAAAUCGCAAAAGCAUACGGUUCUUACAAGGAACUCGCGGAAGACGAAGAUGUGGAGGUUGUUUAUGUCGGUACUAUCCAUCCAGAGCAUGCACCGCUUUGUAAACUGGCACUUAGUCACGGAAAGCAUGUCCUUUGUGAAAAACCCAUUACCCUGAAUCUUAAGAACACCAAGGAAUUGUUUGAUCUGGCGAAGGUGAAAGGACUUUUCAUUAUGGAGGCACUAUGGACAAGAUUUUUUCCACUUUAUGCGGAAGUUAAGAACCUGGUAGACUCAAACAUUCUCGGAGAGAUUCGAGUUGCUAUGGUUUCUUUUGGAAUAAGCGCAGAUCAUGUAGAACGCUUACAAGACCCUGCCAUGGGUGGAGGUGCACUUCUGGACGUAGGAAUAUAUUGUUUGAAUAUUGUUGAUAUGAUAUUUGGUGGUCAAGAACCUACAAGUAUAUCUGCCAUGGGUCAGAAAACACCAGCUGGUGUAGAUUCGACGUUAACAAUAACAAUGCUUUAUGCAGAAAACAGAACAGCUUCAUUAACCAUAAGCAUGG